AUGUUUUAUAUUGCUAAUAAUUUACUUUUGUUGGCAUGGUGUAUUGAGGCAACUAACCAAUUUAAAUUUAAAUUUCAUCAUGUAUUAUUAGAUGAUGCUUUAGAAAUAAAUGAUUUAGUUAAUAAUAAAUAUACAAAAAAUUACCAUGAAAUUAAUUUUAAUAUUUCUAUUAAUCCAUUUAUGUAUAAUGGAAUAUUAAUGAAUUUAAAAAGUGACUUAGAUCUUCAUCAAACUAGUUGUGAAACAUUUGAGCAUAUACUUAUUCUUGUAACUAAUCAAAAAAAUAUAACAAUCGGGUGUACAACUUAUAUGACUCAUUUUUUUCAAUCUCCCUUACAUUUAACAUUUCUACUUCCGGCUUAUGAAGCAUUAAAAGAAUUUAUUUCCUUAACAUUUACUCCAUUAAGAUUUUCAUGUUCAGAGUAUCAUUCAUUUUUAAAGCAAUGUCCUAAUAAUCCAAAAAAUUGUAUACCAAAACAUUUAUUUUGUGAUGGAAAAGAUAAUUGUGGAUUAAAUGGAGAUGAACAGAAUUGUUAUUAUGUUAAUGAUGAUAUUCCAUUAGAAGUUAGUAUUAUCAAUAACAUGCCUUUCAAUACACCUUAUCUUUUAUAUGGAUUUAUUUUUUUAAUAAUUAUUAUUACAAUAAUCAUACUUCUUUUUAUAACAUAUUGUAUUAGAAAAAAAUAUAUAACAAAACAAAAAAACGGUUAUUGUAAAGGAAUAUUUGGAAAUAAAAAAAGAAGACAAACAUCAUCUGAACCAGAGGAAACAGUAGCAUUACUAACAUUAGGAUUGAAAGGAUUUUUUCCACAAGCUGUUCCGAAUCAUAUUGAAAGUAUUCAUGAUAGUAUUAAUAAAAUAGCUACUAAGAAUACGGGUGGAAACUACCAAAAUAUAAAACAAAUAAAAAGAUAA